AUGGCGGGUGCCGGCUCGAGCAACAUCCCCGGCUAUAGGCCUCCUUCCGAUGAGUCGCGAAGCGAAGAUAUCGUCGCCAUCGUCGCCAGCUUGACCCUGCUGUCCAUGCUUGCUCUUGUCCUCCGGGUUUGGACACGUCUCGCUAUUCAACGGGUGGCUUUGCGAGCGGACGACUGGACUAUCCUUGCAUCCUGGGCGUUCAGUGUGGCAUUCACUAUCAACGCAGGCUUUCAGACCAAAUACGGACUGGGGCAGCACCGGCUGGAUCUCCCCAAAGGCAGCACCAGAUACGCAUCGUGGCUGGAGCUCUUCUUCUUCAGCCAGGCAACGCACUACGUCACCGUCAGUCUGGCGAAGAUAUCAAUUCUUCUCCAUUACCUUGAUUUCACCCGGGCCAGGAGUUUGGAAUUAAUCACGUAUGCCAUGGCCAUCUUUGUCGGGCUGACUGGCUUGGCAACGGCCAUCGCGAGCAUCUUCCAGUGUACCCCCGUCCAGAAGGCCUGGAUCAACUCCAUGCCGGGCACCUGCAUCAAGCAAGAAGCGCUCUCUCUAGCCAACGCCGGCCUGAACAUCGCCCAGGACUUUAUCGUGUACCUUCUGACUGUCAGACUCCUGUGGACGGUUCAGAUGCCCAAGGCGCAGCGGAUAGCAUUGCUAAUUGUAUUCCUUUUGGGGGGGUUCGUCUGUGUGACUGGGAUACUGUGCCUGGACUCGAUCAAGCAAGCCUUCAAUUCCAAAGACACUACAUGGAACAACCACGACGUGGUCGUGUGGUCAUCGGUGGGGGCAAACCUCGCCAUCGUUUGCGCCUCACUAGCUCACUUGAAAGACUUGGUUGAGCAUUUCGCACCGGGACUACUGGGCCACUGGCGAUUCACCAGACUUCCAGGUGGUGCCUAUUAUCAUGACGUUGACAGUGUCGACCGACCUGGAAUGAUGCGGUCUUUUGACCCUGUGAAAGAUCGAGUCCCUGUCACUCUCGCCAGAGAGAUCGGGCCCGGGGAGAGUGACGGGUCGCUCAUGGCCGGCUCCGAUGCUGGCCAGCCUGAGAGAGGCAAUUCUAGCGGCAACAGCGACGCCUACUCGGCAAAUCAGGAAGACUAUACCGCAUACAGGAUAACAGAUAGAGGGCUGGUUUGA